AGUGUAAAAAUAAUCAACGGCCAAACAACGCAUUAUGACUCCGUUACGGCGUUGCACCCUCCCUACCCACCCCACCCCACCAUUUAUUGCCACUGUGAUCCGACCUCCUCAACUGCAUGCCCUAUUCGUGUCACCUGAAAUUCAACGCCUUCUUCCCUUACGCACACAUUCAUUUGUGAUAAUCUUCAAUUCCAUAUAUAAUUUCUGCUUUUUGUUUUCGAUAGUAAAAGAAAUUCGAGUUUUUUCAGAUUUUUGUGGCGAUGGGGAGGAAGAGGAGCGCGCCGCUGAACAAGCUGUUCGCGUGGGUGCGUCGGCAGUCAACGAAGGUCAAGACUUUCCUGGCGGCGGUGACGACGGUGGCGGCGCUGGUGGCGCUCAAGCUGCUCGUCCACGACCACAACCACUUCUUCAUCGCCUCUGAAUCCAUCCAUUUCGCCGGGAUUUUGGUCCUCAUUUACAAGCUCACUACUAAAAAAUCGUGCUCAGGCCUGUCUCUGAAGACACAAGAACUCACUGCCAUGUUCUUGGCUGCAAGGUUAUGCUGCAGUUUGUUCAUGGAGGGCGACAUUCACACUUUUCUCGAUUUCCUAACGCUUGUGGCAACGUUGUGGGUCGUAUACAUGAUGAGGUUCAAGUUGAAGUCGACCUACAUUGCAGACUUGGACAAUAUGCCCUUGUAUUAUGUGGCGGUGCCUCCUGCAAUUCUAGCCCUGUUCAUCCAUCCUUACACGCACCACGCACACGUUGGCCGGAUGCUGUGGGCGUUCUCCGUGUACUUGGAGUCCAUCUGUGUGCUGCCACAACUUCGGAUGAUGCAGAACACCAAGAUGAUCGAGCCAUUUACAGCCAAUUAUGUAUUUGCACUCGGUGUUGCAAGAUUUCUAGGAUGUGCUCAUUGGAUCAUCAAGGUGUAUGAUUCUGCUGGGACAUACUUGUUCCUGGUUGGAGCUAGCUAUGCAUGGCUUCCCAUGGUUCUUCUAUCAGAAGCUGUUCAGACAUUCAUCUUAGCAGAUUUCUGUUACUACUACAUCAAGAGUAUGAUGAAUGGCCAACUCCUUGUCACCCUGCCGUUGCCUGUCUGAGAAUUUUGAAAUCUUGAUGAUAAUGAUGCAGGGAAAGUGUUUAAGUGUACAUUAUGUUUUGUGGAUUCAAGUGUUUCAUGUAUGAAAAGGGAUUGAUCCUGGGAAUUAUAUAUUGCAUUAUCUUAUCUAGUUUAAGGACUCUCUCUCGUCACAAAAUGUGGAAUUUUUCUUUUAUGAUCUUGGAAUUUUCUUUUAUGACGAGGAAAAAUUCACAAUCAUUUAAGAACUUCCAUUGACAAGUUGUGUAACACUAUUUAGAUCGUGUUAUGGUUCGAAUUUCUAAUAAAUUUUGGUUGUUUCACUAUUAAA